AUGUCGAUACAAGAAACAAUUGACAAGGCCACUUCGGCAGACUUGACAGAAGACGACUAUGCUCUAUUACUCACUGUGGUGGAUAAAGUGAAAGAAGAUCCUAAUAAUAACAUAUCAGAGUCAAUUGAAUAUGUCAAGACGAAGCUACUCUCUACUAAUGCCAAUGUAGUUCUUCGAACCGUUACGCUGGUAGAUUUUUUUGCUGAGAACUGUGGUGCCAUGAUGAAGGCGGAGAUCGCCAAAAGGCAGUUUGUGGACGAUUAUUUGUUGCGAACGAUUGACAACUCUCGAAUGCACGUGACUGUAAAGUAUGCGCUGAUCAAAGAGAUUUAUAAGCUAAGUAAGUCAUUCAGAGGUGACGAUAGUUUGAGAAUUAUGGAAGACACUUUUAGGAACUUACAGGGAAGCUACAGAUACCUAUGUCAGCAGGCUGUUAGUGAGGUUGACAGUGGUCGAGAGCCUGAUCUUAGUGGGAAUAACGUUAUGGCUUCGUCUCAACAGGAGGAGGAGGAUUUGAAGAAGGCCAUAGAGUUGUCUUUGGAGGAGCAGGGUGCUACAGGUGGUGCUACAGGUGGUGCUACAGGUGGUGCUGCAGGUGGUGCUGCUGGUGGCGCUACCGCUCAGGCCAACACUAUAAACCCCACAUCAUCCUCUGUGGCUGCUCCUCGCAAAGUGCGCGCCCUAUACGAUCUCUCUACAGAUGAUCAAGACACUCUCUCCUUGAAACAAGGUGACAUCAUUACGGUGAUAGAGCCUGUUAACAAUGACUGGAUUCGGGGCUGCUUGCGUGGAAAAAUGGGAAUUGUUCCUUCCAACUACGUGGAAAGUGUGCCCGAGACAUCGGAACAGGAUCUGGAGCAGUUGAAAGACAGUUUGAGCCGGUCUUUUGAUAUAGAAGUUAUCUUGUCCAAACUUAUGGAUCUCAAUACCAAGGUUAAAACUUUAAACGUAUCCAAUCAAGAGUUCGAGAACUACUUGAUCAAGGAUAGUAUUCCUUCUAAGCUGGAGGAACUUCAAUUGGUGCGGAUUCAGUUGAAAAAAUUGUUGGAUCUGUACAAAUUGAAGAUAUCCGAGCUCGAGAGUAUGGAGCAGGACAUCGGUUCCAGUGUUUCCUUAUACAGAGAGCUUCUAGUCCACUCGAAUCAGCAGCAAUUGGCUCCUCCAAGCGCUUACAUUCCUUCGCUUACAUCACAGACUUCCGAAAUGUCCCUCAAUCAGCAACCCAAACCACCAGCUAUGCCCACUCAGCCCCAGGCACAACAGAAUUCUCAAAGCUACGGCUUCAACUAUCCAAAUCCACCUUUCUAA